AUGAACGAAGCCAAGGGAAACACGCCACCGGAUUUAGGAGGGCUUAAUCUUUGUAAAGUUCGCGACGGCGUGCGGGAGACUUUAGACGGCGCAUGGUUUACACGUUUGUCCAACGGCUCAGCAGAGCAGCGCCCGAUCAUCAAGGCCACGGAUUCCACGAUGCAGGCCAGGUUUCUGCCAAGAUCUGGUGACAUCCAUUCGAUCCCCAUCGCAGCCGACAGGCCGAGAGCCAGUGAGAAAAGAAGGUUCGCAAUAAAAAUGGGCUGGGGUGUGAAACACGCCAGGAUCCUCCUUGGCCAACGCCGCCUGCUUCAGCUCGGCCCCCCAGGAUGCUCCGAGUUCCGUCGAGGUGAGGGGAUGGUUGCCAGUUGGCAUUGA